AUGGCCCAAAACAUCAAUCCGGAGCGUGCACAGUCAUCGAACCCAUCGAAACAGAACGAUGAAGCGCUGAUAAACAACAAUAACCAGGCCGUUAGCAAAAGACUCCAAAAAGAAUUAAUGGCGUUGAUGCUGUCAUCGGAAAAAUCCAUCUCUGCCUUCCCGGAGGGUGAAAAUUUCUUCAAAUGGAUCGGCACAAUCAGUGGUCCGGACGAUACCGUGUAUAAGGGCCAGAAGUACAAGCUGCUGCUGGAAUUCCCCAACUCGUACCCAUACUCGGCACCGAACGUAAAGUUCAUCACGCCCUGCUUUCACCCAAACGUCGACCUCAGCGGUUCGAUCUGCCUUGACAUCCUGAAGGAUAAAUGGUCCGCACUGUACGACGUACGGACGAUCCUGCUCUCGAUUCAGUCCCUGCUCGGGGAGCCGAAUAACGACAGUCCACUCAACUCGCAGGCAUCCCAGCUGUGGCCGAACCAGGUCGAGUACAAAAAGUAUUUGGAUGAUUUCUACGAGAAGAAUAAGGAUUCUUAA